AUGGAGCGUCAACUGACUUCAAAUCCGAGGUUGGUCUCGGCUUUGGAACUGAGCGAAUCGAUCGUUCUGAGAGAUGCCGAGAGCUUGCGAGCGAUCAAGAGAUGCUGCGAGUCGUUGAGAACGCACGGAGUGGAGCUGGGGACGAAGCUGUUCGCGGAGGCGAUGGUGAACAAGUCGCACGGCGCCCGCGCGCUCGAAGAGGGGGAGAUUUUCAUCGCGUGCGACGGGAACGUGCGAGGUCGACGACCGAAGCCCGCGGUGGUGCUCGAGGUGAUGCUGAGGCGACUAGACGCGUUAUCGGACUCGUUGGUACCGAGUAAAACUCACGAGCACUUCGUGACGGCGAUCAAGACGGAGCACUACGAGUCGAGACUCUAUGUCUUUCGCGUGCUCCUCGAGCGGGUACCGCCUGGACGAAUGGAGGUCAUGAAGGCUCUUGUGGAACUCCUGCAUCGCGCACUGUUCGGAUUUGCCGUUGCACGCAGUAGUACAACGACGAUAGAGGAGGAUGCCCCGUUGCGAGAGUUGGCCGAGUUGUUUGCGCCGCGACUGUUUAGAGCGAAGAAGGUUUCGCGCGAGCACGACGAGUAUGCGGUCCGUCUCGUCGGUACUCUGCUAAGAGAGUUCCGCUACCUGAUUCUGCAUGAAAAACAAAUAGUAUUUGUGGAGGCACGGCCAACGAUCAAAAUGUCCGCGGAUUCCCGUGACGACGGCGAAGAGACUAUUUCAUUCCCAAGUGAACGGCGACAAUCAACGCUUCAACUCCAUGAAACUAAGGAGCCAUCUGAGGUACUCAAGAAGUCUCUUUUCAACCCGACAGACAUAUUGCGCAGUGUUGCAGCAGCCAAGUCUGGACAAAAUCCACGCUCGCGAGUGUUGAUGGAUGAAUCCAAGCUUCCACCCUGGCUACAGGAACACAGCACUGAUUUCUGGCUGCCAUCAGUCUUGCCUCCCACGUUCAAAUGGGAUCCGGUCGAGCGAAGUAAUGAAGACGCAGAGAGAGCUCGGAAGAAGAAGUUGCGGGGUCGCGUGAAAAAUAGACGGAGACAGCCCGACGUCGUUCGGGAGGAUGAGAGCUCAUCUUCAGACUACGGCGGCGACGAAGACUUUGACGUCACCGGCGUUUUUGAGGACGAAGACGUUGAAGCUGUCGGGAGACGAAAUGCUGCUGAAGAUGAUGACUUUAGUGAAGAGGAAGUACCGAUCAUCAUUAGGCGCAAACCAGGGAGACGUAUGCGGAGGUCGAGUGUGGCAAGGCGACCGGACGAAAUGGCGCGUGGCGUGUUGGUGCCGGAGGCAACGAAUGUCCUCGCUUCAGCAGUGCACACAGCGAAUGAAAGAAUUCAGAGGGUUAUUCCGCUGAUACAUUCCACAGUGCGACCGCGUACGGCGGCUUCCAGGACGCCUCAAAGGCAUUCAUUCGAUGCCACUGAAACUGGAGCAGUUCGGCCGAGCAGCAAGGGUGACGAAGUCGUUGAUGGCGAAUAUGAUGGCGUAGAAGAAGCGUACGACGACAAGUUCGUUCACGAUAUUAGGGGUGCAUAUAGUUACGGCGACCGGGAUACUUCUGGAGAUGGUGAAUAUGAGCUAACCGUGAACACGAGUGCUGACAAAGAUGAAAGCAAACGAACGCUGCAACGAGGCGAAACAAGUGACCAAGGCGAUAUCGACGCGAGUUCUGACGCGAUUCUGCCGUCAAUCGAUCUAGACAUAGCGGUUGCGACUCCAAUGACGGCGUCUUACGUUGAGUUGACGUCCGAGGAAAGGGAUCAACUUCUCGCGUUGUAUAAUGAUGGCGCGCUCAAGGAAGCGCUGAAAAGCGUUGCGACAAUAUCUGAGAAAGCGGAAGCUGAAAUGGAUGUGAGCGAUGACGGAUCAUUCACGGUUAAGCAAGAAAUCGAAACUUUGAUGAAAUUCGCCAUACUGAUGAAGAAGAAGAAACUGCAUCAGAUCCGGGGUUUGGAAGAUGCAUCAGCGCGCAACAGUUUCACUCAACAGCUUCUCAAGCUGAUGAAAGACAUUGAGGUUGCCGAUGAAGUUGAGCCUGGUACGGUUCUGAGAGCGGACAGUAAACUCGCAAAGUCUCUCCUUGGUGAUAGUAGUCCAGCGAGUGAAUUCGCUGAUCAGAUGGAGACUAUUCUAGGUGCAAUUCCAGAGUUGCCGUCACCUCGUGAGACAUCGAAACUUGAAGAGACGAAGGCAAAACUCAAUUUGGAUCACGUCGCAGGAAAGUCGACGAAUCCCACCCCAACCAAGCCCCCAUCGGCGCCGAAAGCUCCAGUACCACCACCGCCGCCACCACCGCCGCCGCCGUCAAGGCCUACAUCUGGCUCAGUUGCGCCACCAGUUGCGCCCCCACCGGCUCCACCAAAGCCAAGUGGAAACGUUGCGCCUCCCCCUCCCCCUCCCCCUCCCCCGCCUGGUUUCAAGUCCAACGCACCGAAGACUGUCGGAACAUCCAUACCUCCUCCUCCCCCGCCACCUCCAGCUCCUCCCGGGUUCAAGUCCGCAAGAGGCGUUACGCCUCCGCCUCCGUCUCCACCGCCAGCACCUCCAGGAUUCAAAUCUUCAGGUAUUUCAGCACCGCCUGCUCCUCCGCCUCCGCCACCGCCGCCAGGUUUCAAGGCAGCGGGAGGUAUGCCCCCGCCUCCGCCUCCGCCUCCACCGCCAGCACCUCCAGGAUUCAAAUCUUCAGGUAUUUCAGCACCGUCUGCUCCACCGCCUCCGCCACCACCGCCAGGUUUCAAGGCAGCGGGAGGUGUGCCCCCGCCUCCGCCUCCACCGCCAAAGCUUGGUAUCUCUGCGAUAACCAACGCGCAUAUGUGGGCACAAAAGGCGCGAAAAAAGGUGAAAAUGUUGCACUGGGAGAAGCUUCAGGGAGUCUCGAUAGGUGGUACCGUGUGGGAAAAAGCGGGGAGCGAUGAGUUGGCACUGAAUUUGGAAAUUUUAGAUGAAAUGUUCGCCAUAGAAGAGGCUAAGGCUAAGGCUAAGGCUGCUGCAAAGAAGCAAACGAGUGUCACGCUGAUUGAUCAGAAACGCUCUCUCAACAUCAGCAUUCAGCUCGCUGGUUUGAAAAUACCUUUCGACAACAUCAAAGCGGCUUUGCUGUCUAUGGAUGAAGAAGUUUUGCGCACGGAGCAACUCGAAGUGAUCGCGUCAUCAUUGCCGACAUCGAAGGAGAUCCAACUCAUAAUGGACUACAGAGGUGAAAAGGAAGAACUGGCAACCGUUGAGCAAUAUUUCAUGCACAUCAUGCAAGUACCUCGGCUCGAGGGUCGUGUGAAUGCUCUGCUCUAUAAGUCAACCACGGUGGAUAUGCUCGCGAAAGUCCGUAGUGACUACGUAUUACUGUCUGAAGCCUCGAGUUGUCUGCAGGAGAGUGCUCUUUUUGUGAAGGUUCUGAAGGGGAUCUUGGUCGUUGGGAACCACUUGAAUACUGGUUCGUACCGCGGCUCCGCAUCCGGUUUCAGGCUAGAUAUGCUCUUGCGGCUUAAGGAUUUCAAGGCGGUCGACCGGAAAACGUCGCUGUUACACUUCGUGUACAAGGAGCUGUUCAAGACUGAUCCUGAGAUUGCCAACCUCUCCACCCAUCUCGCUGUCGUCAAGAAGGCUUCCAAUUUGUCAGUUGAGGCGACCUCUGUCUUGCUCGGAAAGCUGCAGGCCGGAUUGGUAAAGGUUAAGGAAGAAAUAUUGCACGCCGCAGGUGUGUUGAGUGAGGAGGUUCACAGUUCUUUCCAUAGCAAAAUGGCGCCGUUCGCGGAGGAAAUGGACGACGAACUGCAGGAUGUCCAAGAGCUGGCCUCACAAGCGGUGGAGUCCGCCAAGCAAGUGACCAUUUUCUACGGUGAGCCAUACAAACCGGACAAUCCGAUGCACAUCAUUCGCGUUGUGAGCGAUUUCUUGACGAUUUUCGAUAAAGUACGCGAUUCCAUCAAGGCUGAAGAAGCUGCGGAAGCGUUGAGAACCCGACUGGAGACAGCAUCGGCAGAGAACAAGCGACUCAAAAACAAGUUGAGUCCGAAACUCAAACCGAUGCGAGACUUCGAUACUGUUGACGCGCUGCACGAGGAGCUCAAGAACAAAACAAAGAAGAUAUCACCGAUCCGUUCUCCCGGGAGUUUGCCGGUGACUACUGCGCCCGAGAAUGAGUUCAAAAUGGUUUCUCCCCGGACGAAAUUCCUUGCGCAGAGACAGUCAGUGACCAGUCCACCACGCGGGAAACAACUCGAGAGCGAAUUUGACAAGGAAGAAACGAAAUAG